UCUAUAACGUAACACAACGUAGCACGCCACUCACGUUUUUGUUCUGUCCAUUGGUUUCGUGGAACCCUAUAAAAUGUUUUCACUACGUUAGGUGGUGUUGCCCUUCCACGACCUUCUCACCCUUCUUUAUUAGUUCCUAUAAACCAUCUUUUCCUUUUCCAUUUCCUCUUUAUUUUCUCUCUGUAGCAUCCAUUUUUGUUCCCUGUCUUAUACUAAAUUUCUACAUUAUAUAUAAUAUUGUUGUUACUGUCAUAAAAUAUACACAUACCCUCUAUUCUCCAACAACCUACCCAGGAGGAAGAUGAACGUGGAUCUGGAGUCAUUAGCAGAGGCCACUUCUGGGGCCAUAGGGUCACUCAUCAGCACCACUAUUCUCUACCCACUUGACACCUGCAAGACCAAGUACCAAGCCGAUGCUCGUUCCCAUGGUCGCACAAGAUACAGGAAUCUCACUGAUGUAUUAUUGGAGGCAAUAUCUAACGGUCAGGUGCUUUCACUUUACCAGGGCCUUGGAACAAAGAAUCUUCAAUCCUUCAUUUCGCAGUUUGUCUACUUCUAUGGAUACAGUUAUUUUAAAAGACUAUAUCUAGAUAAAAGUGGUUAUAAAUCCAUUGGAACGAAAGCAAACUUAGUUAUUGCUGCUGCAGCUGGGGCUUGCACUGCCAUUGCGACUCAGCCCCUGGACACAGCCUCCUCUAGGAUGCAGACAAGUGCAUUUGGAAAGUCUAAAGGGCUACUGAAAACCCUUACCGAAGGAACUUGGAGUGACGCAUUUGAUGGCCUCAGUAUUUCCUUGCUGUUGACAUCAAACCCUGCAAUUCAGUAUACCGUGUUUGAUCAGCUGAAACAGCGAGCACUGAAGAAUAAACAAAGUAAAGCUGAAAAAGGAUCAUCUCCUGAAUCCCUUUCUGCAUUUAUGGCCUUUCUUUUAGGUGCAAUUUCAAAGAGCAUUGCUACAUGUCUUACAUAUCCAGCUAUCAGGUGCAAAGUCAUCAUUCAAGCUGCUGACUCAGAUGAAGCAAACUCCAAAAAUAAGAUAAAAUCACAGAAAACAGUGUCUAGUGUUCUCUAUGGAAUAUGGAAAAGGGAGGGGAUAGUGGGAUAUUUUAAAGGAUUGGAAGCUCAGAUCUUAAAAACUGUUUUGAGCUCAGCACUUCUCUUAAUGAUCAAGGAGAAGAUCUCAGCUACUACUUGGGUGCUUAUCCUUGCACUUAAAAGGUACCUAUUACUUCCAGCAAAAAGAGUUAAGAACUUGUAAGUUAUGAUAGCAGUUACCGGAGGAAGAAGCUUCAAUUCCUUGUGGAUAAUGAAUCUAGUUGGAGUGCAAAGAGUGCAUUUUAGCAGAUACAUAUACUCUUCAGAGUUGAGACAAGGUGGUUUUGGUGGCAUCUCUUUGUUCCACCUCCCUUGGUUAAUUGAUAUAGAACAACUAGUUCAGGAAUUUAUGCAAAAGACUGAUAGAGCAAAGCAAAUUAGAAAGUCUGACAAUAAACGGUGUUUUUAGUUUUUUUCUUGGGUUGCAUUUGUUGUUUCAAAUAAAGGCUUGAAUUACUUUGUUUUUGUA